AUGGCAGCUAUCCCAUCCCAUCCCAUCCCAUCCCACCCGUGCAGUUCAGUCCAAAGUGUAUCACUGGAACGUCCAGUGGUGGCUGAGGCCUUGGCGCGUAUCGCGGAGGAGAGCUCCAGACUCAUGGUCCCCAGUGCCAGUGGUGAGGGGAGUUUGCGCCUACUGAGCCUCGUUGGAUUGAAACGACUGUCAUUUCCCUCGCCUGCCAACACCCCAGAACUCGACACUUUGUUGCAGUUCCUGGAAGAAACGUGUCUUAACACAUACCCUAGCGAUUUGUCUGACUUUGAGCCAACACCGACGAUUUAUCCCAAGCUGUGUUCCGUUGCUCGGAUCCAAAAAGGCAUAGCUAAUGCUGAACUCCAAUUUUCUAUCCAGCAGGCGAUUAAGUGCAGCUUCUCCGUUGGGGUCGACGACCUCAUUAACCAAGCUUGUGCUUCGAGGGAUGGAUCACUGGCUGGACAAGUGCCUCCAAAUGCGGCACAGAACCAGAUUCAUAAUGACGCGCUCGACUAUCGCGAUGGACCGGUUUCAGAUGGACUUAAGCGCCCGAGCGACGAGGCCGAAACAAACAAACCUGACAAGAGGCGACGCUCCUCACACGAUUCCCAAACACUUGUUCCCAAGCACAGUCUCCCAUCGGAAAAGGAGUCUCAGUGGGAGGAAGAUGUACUAUACUCUGCCUUGAACCCCCAGAUCUUAUGCCAUGCAUUUCGGCCGCAGGAAAACCAUCUCAGAACCUUUCACCUACGACUUGACGACCCAAAGGUACCUCCACACCCAGAUGGUACCUGGAUGUACGAGGCUAUUUUCAGCGCUUCCAUGCCCGAAAGCACCAAACACGGAUGCACAAAAGGGGGCAGCACAAAGUGCUAUCAUGAAGCAGAAGUCAAUGUCAUCAGCAGGGCCGAAAUGAGCCGAAGGAUGCAAUCAGGAAAGGCUGUGGAGGAAAUCUUGGAAGGCACGCUUUGUCAGAGCUAUAUUUCUCCCAGUCACGGAUGCCGUCUUUGCCUACUAUCCUCAGAGUCGGAAGACGCGAAACCCAUUCUUUAUGCUACGGCUGGUACGACCAAGGCGCUUGGAGCGCAUAUGCUUGGUGGUCAUUCGCUAGUCCCCAAUACACGUCGCCAAACAUGCCUUGCAGGCAACAGAGAAGCGCCUCGGCUACUAGAACGAGAUGUCUCGAGAAUGUCGGCACAUGACAAGGUUUUUUUGGCCUAUGUCGUCGGUAGGUCCGUGAGCCAAUACUACAAUACUCGACUCACAGCCCAGCAACUGUGGACGCUCAAAAGCCUGUCCACGAUUCCCGACACAGAGGAUCCGUCGCGGCCUGCUACUGACACGACUAAUGGCCUGUCGCUCUUCUCGCAUCGGCAUCCUUACGUUAGUAUCAAUUUCAAGACAGAAGAUGAACUCAGACAAGCUUAUGACAGCGACUUGGGAAUGGACUUCCACCAAGAUCAUAGAGGUGCCAGGUUCUACCCAGGUCCGAUCUCUCUUGGCCUUUUGCUUCUCGAUAUUUGGGAGGAUUCAGGACUAACAAAUGACUUGACGUGGUCAGAGGCACACGUGCGACGAGCUCAGUACGCGGGAUAUGCCCGGUUACAGUUUGAAGGCCAUCAACAGAUCCAACAAGCAAUCGUGAAUUGCUUGGACGUUAGGCUUUUCGCUCACAAUGCAGAGAAGACCAAUGCGCGUGUGAUAGAGAAACGAGACUGGCUCCUACGCAAUGUCGUGCAUCCAUUAAGGCUCCUUUAUCUGUCCACAUUCCAUUCCGACACGUUAGCGCUGCCAACUUUACAGGUUGGACAAAUAAGCUACCCUAGCCAAGGCUAUGUUAGUACCUCGAACAAGAUUGAUCAGUACAAGAGCUUUAUGACUUUCCUGGAAAAGCCCAAGGGGGCCAAAAAAGAUGUGGCGGACAACGGUAUUGAAUGGAUAUCAAGCUUUCUGGACCUUAGUGGUGCUGUCCACGAGCGUGUUAAUACGAAGGGGAAACAGCCAAAGAUUUGCAUUCUGGAUACUGGAUGCGACCCAGACUGCAACUUUUUCAAAAGAGAACGCCUGGGUGACCCUGAUGACCUGAAGAGAAUAAUUUGGCGAGACUUCGCCACUCCGAAAAGCACGGACAUGAUUGACGAAGAUGGUGUAGGAGCUCGCAACUUGGGCUCAAACGGGAAGCACGGCACAAGCAUCACCACCCUUCUGCUAAUGUUGCUUCCGCGAGCCAACAUCUAUGUUGCCCGCAUAGCCCCCCACAAGAGAGACAUGGUUGACCUUGAGACAUAUGACGGAGUUUUGGAUAGUAUUAGACGGGCCAUACACCAUGCUGCAACUGUGUGGAUGGUUGACAUCAUCUCCAUGUCCUUUGGCUACAUUACAGAACCGACUGUCUUGAGGGUAGCCAUUGAAGACGCCAUAAAGGACAGGAGAAAUGGACUCCUUCAUCCAAAGCUCAUCAUGUUAGCCGCUGCCAGCAAUGACGGCGGCCUCUCGCCAGAACUAGCUCCGGCUUGUUGGCCAGAAGUUAUAUCUGUCAGGGGAACCACAUCACAGGGUGAAUUUCCCAAAGAGUACAACCCGAACGAAUCAAAGAGCUUUCCCCCUCAUUUCGGAACUCUUGCACAGGGAGUUCCCUGCGGUUAUGGCUUUCGGUGGGGAACGUCUUUCGCAGCUCCCAUCAUGGCUGCAACAGCUGGCUUGAUUCAGCUGUACGUGUCAUAUCUCAUCGCCGAGGAAGUGAAAUGUGGGAAUCUUUACAAAGUGAACCUUUACUCCAGAGCAUACGAAACAGAGGGGAUGCGCCAGAUUCUGGCGGCUUUCACGGCAAAGAGCUCCGAUGUUACGCGAGCAGUGCAACCGCCGCCGUUGCGGAGCUCGCUGCAGGACUGGGAGGGUACAAUAUGGUAUGCUUUGGCACAAAUGAAGACGCCUGGUUGA